AGAGUGGGAUUCCAAUUUCUUUCUAUAGAGUAUCAUGGCAAAGGUGGCUUGAGACAUACCAGAGACGAGUGAAACUCCAUAUGCUGCUUGGAUAUUGACAAAUUAUUUCCACAAGGAUUUAUUAUCUAAAAUGGACUAUAUUUGAAAAAAACUGCCUUCACAUUUGGGAUUUACUGCAUUUGAUUUGGAUUUGAAGGGUUCAUCCACCGGUCGUGUAGUCAUGGAAGUGACACUCUGUGAGCUAAUUAGAGAUCUCCCUGCUCUCCCCCUGGUCUUUGAAGCACUAAGUGAAAUGUCUUCGCUGAAAGUCUCCGCUGAGUGGAAGUGAUCCAGCAUGUAACAGAGGUGAACAAGUCCCUUCACGCCUGGGAACAAUCCGACAACAUAAUGGGGAAUUCAUAUGCCGGGCAGCUGAAGUCUGCUCGAUUUGAAGAGGCUCUCCAUAACUCUAUUGAGGCGUCACUGCGCUCUAGCAGUGGAGAUCCACAGCCCAUCUUUACACAGCUCUACCUUGAACCAGAGCCGUAUCCUGGUAACAUGGAAGACAUGAAGCUGAAAGCCAGCCUCCAUGGUGGGGACCCGCUAGGCCACGAGCUUAUGAAUGGCCACUCUUCCAAUGAUCUGGAGGAGCUGGAGGAUGAUGAUGACUCAGACAGCAGCAGCCCUCCACUUCCCUACCUACAGGCCCCUGCACCCGACGGCUGCUGCACACUGGAUGGGUUCUGUCAGGCCGGCAAAGACCUCCGACUGGUCUCCAUAGCAACGGAGCCCAUUGAACUCCCAGCAGGCUUCGAGCUGGUCGGUGCCAAGUCCCCCGGCGUCCCCGAGCACAUCCUUGUGUGUGCCGUGGACCGCCGCUUUUUGCCUGAGAAUGGGAAAAAUGCACUUUUAGGUUUUUCAGGAAACUGUGUGGGCUGUGGGGAAAAGGGUUUCAGAUACUUCACUGAGUUUUCGAACCACAUCAACCUGAAGUUAUCCACCCAGCCCAAAAAGCAGAAGCACUUAAAAUACUACCUGGUGAAGAAUUCUCAGGGUGCUCUGUGCAAAGGACCCCUCAUCUGCUGGAAAGACUGUAAAACCCGUCAGUUCCCCAGCAGUGCGUCAAUGUCCAAACCCAGCUCAUCCUCCUCUCUUAGCAGUAAAGAAAAUGGAGGCACCAGUGGACACAGCUCCUCUCCCUUUUCCCUCUCAGAUUCUCCACCCACCAGAACAACGCAAGCAACCUCUGUCUUUUUUGGGAGUCAGGACCUCAGCAGAGACUGCAGUUUCCUCAAACCUCUGGCAUUCACACCUGGAAACAAGACUCUACCAAUAGUACCCACAGCUCUGAGGGUGAACGGGCAGACUAAUGGUCUGGGUGUUGAUGGACGUCCUCCCUUACUGAGCCCCUCCCAGGUCUCUUUAGGGCCUCAAAGUCAGGGGUAUCGCACUGCUGACUUAGGAGACAGUCCUGUAUCCUCUGCCAUGAACUCGGGUCCUCCAAAGAAGCGCCACCGGAGCUGGCAUCCCAGCACGUUGGUACCCGUCCCACCGACAGCCGUCCCUGUGCCAGCCAUCCGGCCGAUAAUUUGUUCUCCAGGUUCUGCGUUAGCAGUGUCCUCUCCUCAGCCACCAGUAGCAGGAGUGAUUCAGCCCCAACCUGUCACCCCUGGAGAGACGGUCAUCGUCCCUGACAACCUGCUCAACUCUUCAGGAGUUCGCCCUGUCAUCCUCAUCGGGCAUGGCACUUUACCUUAUUUCUAUGGGAAUGUUGGGGACAUAGUGGUGAGCCCCCUCCUGGUCAGCUGCUAUAAGAGCAGCCAGCUGACAGAGAAAACCCUGGAGACAUUGGGCCUCAACAGCAGCCAGCUCCUCUGUGUGGAGACAAUGAUUCUGCUCACUUUACAGUAUCUUGCACGUUUAGGCUCGGAGCAGAUUCCUCUGAGGGAGGAGCUGGAGCAGAUUGUUUUGAAGGCCAUGCUGUGCUGUCCCGGGGGUCCUGCCAUCUCCCCAUCCCAGCUGCCCUGGUUGGCUCGGCUGGAAGCCAGCGUCUCCGGUGGCAGCAUCCAAGUCGUGGUUACCCAUAACUCUUUGGGAGAAGGCAUCUCUGAGUCACUUCGUUCACUCACUGAGGGUCCUCACCACCAGCAGUGCCUGCCCACCUAUGUAGUCAUUAUAUGUGCCUCGAAAAUGAGCGGCAACGAGUUCUGUGUGCUUGUUUUGGGAAAGUACCAAGCACGAGCCUUAGCUGAAGGUAUGCUUACAACCAAUGAGUUUCUGAAGGAAAUCAGCUACGAACUUAUCACAGGCAAAGUCAGCAUCUUGGCGUCUCACUUUAAAACCACGUCACUAGGGGACAAUCUGGAUAAGCAGCUGGUGCAAUACCAGCGCCGACGGAAGGGACAGGUCAUCCAGCCCUUUCAGGGCGAUGUCACUGACUACAUCCACUCCCAGGAGGCUGCCAGCAUGUCACCACCCUCAGACAGAGCAGAGCUAUUUAGUAAGGUCUUUCAGAUCUAUCCGACCCAGCUGAGCGUGGCUCGGAGCCUCCUCUCUCAAGUCUGCUCCAUCGCUGACUCAGGAACCCAGAAUCUCGACUUGGGGCGUUUUUGCAAAGUGGACUUUCUUGUUUUGGUCCCUCCAUCUCACAUUUUGGUACACCAGACAGCACAGCGCAUCCGACAGUCAGGGGUGCUUGUGGACCUGGGAAUCGAAGACGCCCCCUCAGCCCACCAGAAAUCAGACAAGUACGUGGUGCGCCUGGACGGUGACGUUCACGCCAAGAUGGAAGCCUUCAUGAGGAAAGUCAAACAGAACCCCUACACUCUGUUUGUCCUCAUUCACGACAACUCACAUGUCGACCUCACAAGUGCUCUGUCAGGCUCUGUGUGCCAUGGGGAGCUGCAGGGUUUGGCUGACCGGGUGGUGAACUGCCAGGAAGUCCUAGAUGCAAUGAACCUCCUGGUCCUGCAGGUCAGCUGCUUCCCGUACACACUGCAGACCCGCCAGUCCCGCAUCAGCAUCCACAACGAAGUUCACUGGCCCUCCAAUGAACAUCUGCAGGGGGAGCAGUCUCCUCAUGAGUUGGUCUACUUUGGCCUGAGGGACUACAGCAGCUCCCUGCAGUGGGGCGUGGCCAGCCCCAUUCUGCGUUGCGAUGAUGCAUUUGAGAAGAUGGUCCACACUCUCCUGGAAAGACAUCCGCACCUACACAGCAUGGUGAUCCGCAGCUACCUGCUGAUUCAGCAGUACACUGAGGCCAUGAUGGCCCUGACCUCAUCCCCGUCCCUGAGAGACCACAUAACCCCAGAGACCCUGGCCAUGGUGGAGGAUCUGAUCAACGCCCCAAGCAGAGAGGGCUCCCAGGGCCGGGGCCACAUGCUGCUGGUUCGAGUCCCCUCACUACAGCUGGCGAUGCUGGCCCGGGAGCGACUAGAGGACGUGAGGGACAAACUGGGGCUCCAGUUGUGCUUCGCUGUGCUGCUGGGAAGCCCCGCCUCCGAGCUCAACCUGCCCAGAAACUUCAUCAGCCGCCUCAGGGCGUGGAGAGGCUGUGAGAAUGAAGACUGGGUACCACACACUUAUGAGGAUCUGGAGGGGCUGCCCUGCAUCGUCAUCCUUACAGGGAAGGACCCUCUUGGAGAAACUUUUCCUAGGACUCUGAAAUACAGUGACCUGCGACUGAUAGACUCCAGCUACCUGACUCGUACAGCCCUGGAGCAGGAAGUGGGUCUGGCCUGCACCUAUGUGUCCAUGGGUGUGGUCCAGGAGCCCAAGAAGGCCAUGGCCCCUCGGGAAUCAGUCGGAGAGAAGGCCGCCACCAGCUUGAAUGAUGGAGAUGAGCUGGAAAGACCUCAGAGCAACGGCAGCGCUGCAACCAAAACCUCUGGCUCUUUGGCAGAAAACGGUGUCAGUUCAUCUGACGUUGCCUACUCUUUCCAGAAGCCCUCCACCUCCACAUGCCCACCUGAAGGUGCCAUCACCUCGGACAUGGGCACAGUGACACAAGGGAUCAAGCAGGAGUGCGAUUCCCUGGGAAGCCAGCUCCCCUCCAACCCCUCCAAACCUUCCGAGGCCCUUCCCUCUCUUUACUCCAGUUCCUCCUCUUCCUCCCCCUCCCCAUCUUCUUCCUCCACCCAGAGGCCCAGCCAGUCCACACAGUGGGGUCGAGACUCUAAGCCCGCUCGGGUGUCACCGCGCACUGUCAUCAUGUCACGGGCAGCAUACAACCUGCUGGCGGGGGAGUCGGGGAGCCAGCUGAGCUCCUUCGCCCUGCUGCCUCAUGCAGAUGUGGCCUGGAGCAGCCCGCUGAGGCCCCUUAUCACUCACAACCUGCAGGGGGCAGAGCAGAGCAUGUACUACCGCCAGUGGACCAUCGCCAGGCAGCAUCACGCCGAUUAUGAAGCUCCACCUGUGACACAUCCACGACGCCUGCUACUCAGUGGACCCCCACAGGUGGGAAAAACCGGUGCCUAUCUGCAGUUUCUUCGUAUCCUGUUUCGAAUGCUCAUCAGACUGCUGGAGGUAGAUGUGUAUGAUGAGGAAGAGGAGGAGGAAGAAGAAACAUCAGAGGUUACAACUCCAGUAAACACCCAGUGGCCUGACAUUGAGGAAGUUCGAAAGCUGCCCUUUGACCCCAACCCCCGGGACCCUAUGUUCAGGAAGGCCAGCCCUGUUUACUCUGACAAGAUGCCAAAGUGCUUAAAAGAUUUUAAGCAAGAAGGAGAGAGCCAAACACCAGCCGAACGAGCGACCAAGUCCAUACGUCUGAGCAGGUUUGCCGCCCACAAUGCCUUUCAUCACUGUGAACAGUGUCACCACUACUGCGAGGCAGGCCCUGCCACACAGCUGUCCGAAUGCACCUUCCAUGCUUUCACCUUCUGCACGUCCAUGCUGGGGGAGGAGGUCCAGCUCCAGUUUGUCAUUCCCAAAGCCAAGGAGCAGCAUUUUGUUUUCAGUCAGCAGGGCAGCCACUUGGAGAGCAUGCGCCUGCCUCUGGUCUCCACCAAGGACCCUGAUCUGCUAAAGAGUCCAAUCUUCACCCCGACUACAGGACGCCAAGAGCACGGCCUGCUCAACAUUUUCCAUGCCAUGGAGGGCGCCACUCAUCUGCACAUUCUGGUGGUCAAGCAAUUCGAGAUGCCCCACUACAGGAAAUACUGGCCCAACCACAUCCUGCUCGUCCUGCCGGCUGUGUUUAACAAGGCGGGAAUUGGUGCUGCCCGCUUUAUGAUCAAAGAGCUGUCAUACCAUAACCUGGAGUUGGAGAGAAACCGACUGGAGGAACACGGUGUCAAGAGGCAAGAUGUAUGGCCUUUCAUUGUCAUGAUGGACGACUCCUGCGUGCUGUGGAACACCUACCAGCCAGCAGACAGCAGUGAGACAUCAGAUGGAGGCUCAACUCUCACCAAUGUGUCUCUGAAGACGGUGCUGCAGCAUAUGGAAACCACACCGAAGAUCUCCCUGUACUCAAUGUGCGGUACACGCAAGUGGAGCAGUAACCUGGCUCACAAGUCUCCCAGGCACCCCUUCAGUCGGUGUCACCUCCACAACUUCGUCAUGCUUAAUGUGGACCUGACGCAGAAUGUUCAAUAUGACCUUAAUCGGUAUAGCUGUGAGGAGGUGGACUUUAAUCUAAGGGUGAACAGCAGUGGGCUGCUGCUGUGUCGCUUCAACUACUUCAGCCUCAUGAAGAAACACAUUCCAGUUGGGGGAAGCAAAGACUUCCAGGUCAAACCUAAACUCAUGGAAAUAGAAAACCCCGCCCCAAUCAGCCCGUCACAGUAUGUUUGCGCCCCAGACAGCGAGCAGACCCUUCUGGACGCCCCGGCCCAGUUCCUGCUUGAAAGGUUCCUGCAAAGCUGCAGCCACAGACUGUUUCCGAAGGCUGUUCAGAACAGAAACAACCCAGUUCUGUCCAUCGACAGCUACCUCAACAUCAGCCCGGAGAUUUCUGUGUGCUACAUCAACUCUCGUCCACACUCCACCAACCUGAACCAUCAGGGCCUGCUGUUCAGUGGGCUGCUGCUUUACCUCUGUGACUCCUUCGUCGUCUCUGGACUCCUCAAGAAAUUCCGCUUCCUCAAAGGGGCCACUCUCUGUGUGAUCUGCCAGGACCGAAGUUCCCUGCGUCAGACCAUCGUCCGACUGGAGCUGGAGGAUGAGUGGCAAUUCCGCCUGCGGGAUGAGUUUCAGACAGCCAACUGCAGUGAGGACCGGCCCCUCUAUUUUCUGACUGGCCGCCAUGUUUGAACCUGAACCAGCUGGGUUCAAUGCGCUGCUGCAAAAACACAAUCAGAAAUGAAAUUUGAUUCCAAACCAGCCAGCAAUCCCAAUUCUUGCUAUUCCAAUGGAAGGCCAGAGGGGACAUGCUGGAGCACAAGAUCUGAAGUGCCCCACAAGUGGACACAUAGCCACCUAAUAUGGCUUUCCCUACAUCUGUACUACCACAGUGCACUGUGCCUGGCUCUGAAGAGGGUCAGUGCAAGUUUUAACUCUUGCUUAUAGCUGGGUUUGUCUCCACUUGAGCUUGUGUUCUACUGAAAAAGACUUUGUUGUGGAAAAAAGCACAGCUGAAACGGAACAUUAUUUGUUUUGUUGUUGUAUUCCGCAAAAAUGGACGCUCUCCGAUCAAUGAUGUGACUAUUUGAAGAUUGUAUGUGUACAUGGCCGUUGACUACAGUAUGUCCCCUUCUGUAAAUACGUGUUUAUCUCAGGGUUUUAAAGGGAGAUCCAAGGGAGGUCGCUUAAAGGGGUAAAGCUUUUCUCCAAGUUCACCAUGUAUUUUUUGACAUUAAUUUAUGUUGGCACCAAAGACAUCCUCAGCUGCCCCUUGUCUUUUCCCUUCACUUUCCUUCUCACCUGCUCUACCUCACAAACUCCACGAAGCUCAUUGACUACAAAAAGUCAGCUCACUACAUUUAUAUAAUCAAGAGUAUCAAAUUCUGCUGUAACGCCAUUGGGAUUAAAACAAUAAGCGACUCUUUGAGCUAGCACAUUUAAACUACAAAUGGGGAAUCCUUUUCUCUUGUGCCUCUAAUAAAAAAAAAUAUUUAUGUAGCAACGAUAAUCCCUCUGACGAGGAGCUGUGUGAGUGUAGUUUUAAUUUCCAAAUGACUUACGCAUGAAUUUAUCCCAAGACUAUUCACAACUAAACAAAAGUCCAAGUUGUGUCCUUUCAAGAAUGUAGGACGUUAAUGUUCUAUUAUGGCUUGAAUGUACAACUAUAAAGCAGGUCUGUUGUCCAAAACAAACUUAUCUUCCUUGCCACAGACUGAGCAACAUAGAAGUAAGACUAGUUUACUGGUGUGUUCUAAAUUACAUAUGUUUUGUAUUUAGGCAUUUAGUGACUUAAAUACUGGGUAUUUUAAGCAUAAUCACAUUACGUCAGUAAAUGCUAUUAAAUAAGCAAGCCUCCUCACUGCCAAAUAUCCUGCUGCUGACUGUGCCUGGGAUUUCACCUCCUGUUGUAAUGUUCUGAGGCUGAUUGUACAUUGAUGGUCUUGACUACCAUCUACACAUUAAACUCAUAAUCUUUUGCCCCCAAAACAAAGGGUAAUCAAAGAACAGGUUACACACUGUCAAAAGUAGCUUACCAGAUCAUUUCAUAUACUUGAAAGUUGAAUGUUUUUAUAUGUUUCUGCACAGGGUUGUCCAAACAAUAUGCCUUAAGUGACGUUUCAUACAGUCACUGCUCUAGUCCCUCAUUUUUCAGAAUGAAGAAACAUUUAACUGUGAGGCGAAGAAAUGUUGUUUGUCUGAGUAAAGCAAGAAUAAAUAAAAAUAAAUGAAAUAAUUGGAUUUUGGACCACUGUACUGUUUAAAGCUUUGUUUACAUUAUUAAUAUAUUAUAUCACCCCCUUAACCACUGAGGGUUCCUGAUGUUUUUUAGUCUUGUGUAACUUUUUCCAUUAUAUUUUGGUCAUAAUGUCUUUCUGCAUUUUAUUUUAUGUUGCAAAGGCAAGAAGAAUCUACCUAGAUGUGUCCUUAACCAUAUGUCUGUAUCCCUUCCUGUUCUUGUGUUGGAUUUUUGUGGAAAAUGAAAAUCAGGUCCAUGAGGGAUUCUUAUUUAUUUGACAAGCAUUUUGGACUGAUAAUCAUAUUGAUGUGUAAUAUUUGAUUGCAUGCUAAGCUCGCUUAAACCAAGGGAGUGUGUCCUCUUCAAAACCAUCUAUGAAGGCUUUGCACAAGACCCAAACAAAUGAUUCUUAGGUCUACUGAAUGUCACUGGGGGUAGGAAAUUUGAACUUGCACUAUACAAGUUGCCAGCAGAAAAAAACAUUUCCCACUAUUAAAUGAACCCAAAAAUUAGUCCAAAUAUAAGACUGGUAAUCAAAACUUUAACUUAAACUCCAAUGGUCCAUAGAAUGUCUUUCUUUUGAAUAAUUUAACACUUGAUAUGCAACUUGCUCUCACAAUCUUCACUGAAAUGUGUUUGAUAAUUAUGUGCAGCCCAGUGGUAGCCUUGGUGUCUGGGUGAUCUACCUCAUGUUUACCAUUGUGGUUGUGGGCUGUGAACAUAUGACAUUAGAGCCAUGCUAUUGUUGUUAAAAAUGUAUGAAUGUAUUAAAAUGACUUCUAAAAUCA